CCCCCCCCCCCCCAACAAAUAGGGCUUCACAGGGAAGCACUCUUCUCUGGCGGGGGCUGGGGGAGUAGUGACAAUUAAAAUAGCGCAGUCCAAAACGGGUCCGGCGGGCGGCGGUAUCGCCCGCUCUCUCUGCUUCCCUCUCCCUCUCCCCGGGGGUCACUCUGUCCCUCCCUCCCUCUCCUCCUUCCUCCUCCUCCUCCUCCUCCUCCUCCUCCUCCUCCUGGGGAGUCAGGCACUGGCUGCGAUUGCUCCCUCUCUGCAGCUCGUGUCAGUUUCCCUCUCCUGCCGCUGAAGCAGCAGUACCAGUAGCAGCGGCAGCGGCGGCAGCAACAGCAGCAGCAGCGGCGGCAGCAGCAGCAGCAGAGGAGGCAGAGGCGGCGGGAGAGACGUCUACAGCAGCUGCAGCCCCAGCUCUUCGGGCUCCCGGGCUCCCGGGCUCCCGGGCUCCCGGGCUCCCGGGCUCAGAGCGCGCAGCCCUCCCGCUCCGGUGCCCUCAGCGUCCCCUGCGCCUGUCCUAGAGCGCCCCGGGAUAAGCGGCACAAAAGCGCGCCCGGACUCCCCCUAGCCGCGAGCGGGGGGCCCCUGCCGAAAUCGCUCCCCACUGGGCUGCGGACCCCGGCCGCCCGGGGGCAUCCUCUGGUGGGGAAGCGGGGCGGGACCAUGAGGAGGCUGAACCGCCGCCUGGCGCUCACCCUCUUCGGGGUGCUCUGGAUCGCGGCGCUGCUGCUCCUAUGGGGCGUCCAGAGGAAGUUGGAGGUGGUGCCCGGACCCGAAGGGCAGACCCCCAAGGCCUUGGAUAGUGAUUGGGGUGACUUGUGGGACGAGUUUGAGGAGCGGCGGUACCUGAGUGCUAAGAAGUGGCAAGUCGGCCAGGAUCCCUAUAAGCUGUACUCCUUCAACCAGCGGGAGAGCGAUCGGAUCCCCAGUAACCGGGCUAUCCGGGACACCCGCCCUGACAGAUGUGCAACUUUGCACUAUGGUCCAGACCUUCCUCCAACCAGCAUCAUCAUCACCUUCCACAAUGAAGCCAGGUCUACUCUUCUAAGGACCAUCCGAAGUGUGUCAAACCGAACUCCAGUGCAUCUGGUCCAUGAGAUCAUUUUAGUGGAUGACUUCAGUGAUGACCCUGACGAUUGCCAGCUGCUGAGCAAGCUACCCAAGGUGAAAUGCUUACGGAAUGAACAGCGAGAAGGGCUGAUCCGUUCUCGGAUCCGGGGAGCAGACCUAGCCCAGGCCGGCAUCCUGACUUUUCUUGACAGCCACUGUGAGGUAAACAAAGACUGGCUUCUGCCCCUCCUGCAUAGGAUCAAAGAGAAUCAUCUUAUUGUACUCUGUCCUGUAAUUGACAUCAUUACGGACACUUUUGCCUACGUGUCUUCUUCCCCGGACAUGAGAGGUGGGUUUGAUUGGACACUCCAUUUCAAGUGGGAGGAGCUUUCCCUUAGGGAAAAGGCCUUACGUGUGGAUCCCAUUCAACCCAUCAAGACUCCAAUAAUUUCCGGAGGGCUAUUUGUAAUGAACAAAUCCUGGUUUAAUCACCUGGGGAAGUAUGAUGCAGCGAUGGACAUCUGGGGUGGAGAAAACUUUGAACUUUCCUUCCGGGUGUGGAUGUGUGGAGGCAACCUGGAAAUCCUCCCCUGUAGCCGGGUGGGGCAUGUGUUCCGGAAGAAGCAUCCCUAUACUUUUCCAGAAGGCAACCUUAACACCUAUAUAAAGAAUACCAAGCGUACAGCGGAGGUAUGGAUGGAUGAGUACAAGCAUUACUUUUAUGCUGCCAGACCUGUGGCCCAGGGGCGACCUUUUGGAAACAUACAAGGCCGAGUAGAGCUGAGGAAACGCCUGAAAUGCCAUACCUUCAAGUGGUACCUGGAGAAUGUUUAUCCAGAACUCAGGAUUCCUGAGGAGUCCUUGUUCCAGAAGGGAAUCAUCCGGCAGAAACAGAAGUGCCUACAAUCCCGAAAGCAGGAAGGCCAAGAGUUCCCAUCCCUGGUCCUGAGUCUCUGUAUCGAUGGUAAUGGGGAAGCAUCAAGGCCCCAGGAAUGGGCCUACACUUAUGCCCAGCAGAUAUGUCAGCAGCAACUGUGUUUGUCAGUGCACAUGCUUUUCCCUGGCUCUCAGGUGCAGCUCUCUCCUUGCAAGGAAGGAGAUGAUAAACAGCGAUGGGCUAAGUCUGGCCCCCGAAUCAAGCACAUGGCAUCCCGCCUCUGCCUAGACACGGACAUAAUGGGAGAUGGCAGUGAAGACAGCAGGGAGAUGGUUAUAAACCCUUGUGAGACAUCAGUCAUGAGCCAGCGUUGGGACAUGGUGUUCUCCUGAGCAGAGCUCCGUGGACAGACUCAAUUGGAAACAACUCUGGGUGGGCAUGAAGCACUUGCCCAGAAAGAAAUAAUUCAAGAUAUGGAAAGCUGUGGGAGGCCUAGGAAGGCAUCCUGGAGUGGAAGGUAGAGACAGAGCCACAUACAGAGAAUAGAAGUGGCCCUCUCCGUGAGGAGGGAAGAACAGAUGACAUGCUGAUUGGUGCCUCGGAGAUCACAAACUACAGGGGAGAAAAAUCUUCUGUGUUCUCAACCAUAAUUGAAUUCAUUCCAGCACAAGCUGGUGCCUUCUCCUGGUUCACGCCUGGAGAGAGAGAGAAAGACCCAAUUGCAAGUUGCACAUUUGUUGUUUGCUUUCAUUUUUCUUUUCUUUUCCCUUUGUAACAGAAACAGAGCCAAUGGGGAAACCUCUGGAUGUCUGCUGGCCGCCAUGACACCAGGGCUGAACCAGAGAUGAGGAGGGAGAGCCUUCUGCAGACCAAAUAAAGACUAUUAAAAGUCAAGAGAUUCUGUUUGUAUAUAUGGACAAAGCUUUGACUUGUGCUAGGAAAAGAUGUUGCUAAUUCAGUAAAAUUUCUAAUUGCCAGGAUAUUCUGGGAAUGGGAUGUUGUGAUUAAUUGGAUUAUCUGGUUUCCUGCCUUAGUAAAUAGACUAU